AUGUAUCCCGCAUAUUCACCAGGUCUAGGUUCGAGACCUCGUCUACAAUCCUUGCAUCCUUUUCGUCAGCUAAUUUCGGCGGGAUCUCAUCCGAAUGGUGCUUGGACAGGUGGUGGAGGUGGUUCCGGCCACUCGGGAUAUGGACCCGAACCUCCGGAAUACGAUUACCAUUCGGGACCCCCGGCCCCCAGUGGUGGUAGUUAUUCAUAUCACUCGACGGCUGGUACGGGCUAUGGAGUACCACCACCUGCACCACAUCCCCACCCCAAUCCCCAUCCACAUCCUCCGGUGCAUCCACCCACUGGAGGCACCGGUUAUGGUUACGGAGGAGGAGGUGGUGGAGGCAAGAAGAAAGGAGGUGGCGGAGGUGGUGGUGGUAAAAAAGGCAAACGGGGCUCCUCAACCAUUACGGCCCUGACUUUGUUGUCGUUUUUCUUUUUCGUGAAUCUCCUGCAAGGAUGCAUUAAGGAUCACAUGGACUCAAUGAAUCCCACCGUGAUGGUCAUGACCACCGAUAUACGACGCAGUAGCCUCAAUAAAAUGGGUGAUAUGAAUUCUAGGGAACAAGGUUCAUCGGCAGGUGUGGUGGCCUCAGGAGGGGCAAAUUUGGUAAUGCAACCUGCGGAUAUGUUGGCCUCCGCUGCUUUGAAUUCGGCCUCAGUUAUGGAAGCUAUGAAACCCUAUGUUAAUUUACAAUCACCCUAUAGUGGAGUGAUGACCAAACCUCUGGAUGUUAUGGCCUCACAGCCACAUCAACAACCCCCUCCAGCUCCCGGGACAGUGGUAACCCAUUAUCAGCCGCAAAGUGUAGAACAGCCUCAGGUUAGCUAUGCCCCCAGGCCACCGUUUUAUGAUCAACAACAUCAACCGGAUGUUUAUGAGCCAAGGCCAAGCUUUGGAGCCCCGGUUCCUCAAUAUGGACCACCGUCCCAAUCAAAUUAUUCCCCACGGCCAUCGAACAAUGAGCCUCCUCCCCCAUCCUAUCAACAGAAUCAACAGCCACCCAUUUAUAUGGGUUCGCCCAUGGACCAGCCUCAACUCCAGCAUGGUUAUGGCAAUAAUGAUUAUUCUCCCCCACCUCCUCCACCACAACAACCUUCUUCAUAUUCCACACCCCGAAAUCCUUUUUAUGAUCCGCCAAAUCCUUCCUACCAUAAUUCCUACAAAGGGGUCUAUACGGCCUCUCAACACUCACCGGAUAAUGGUUAUCAGAAAUAUCCAGCCCAAAAAUAUCCACAAAAAUAUCAGGAAGAGGAGGCACUGCCUGGAGAUUCAUAUCACCAUCAUCAAGGUCCUGUUCCAUGGUCUUCGUCACAAUCCUCGUCAUCGGUGGUAUCGGGACCUAUACGACGGGCAACAAUUGUCUCCAUAUCACCAACCAUAAAAUGGGUUUCAGUACCCUCCAAUGUGGAUGAUCAUACCGAUUUUGACCAGCAUGCAGAGGAGGCAGAUGAAAUCCGGCGCAGUAGCCGUUAUGACGAGAUAUCCUUUAAUGAUAAGCCUUAA